UUAUUGUCAUAGCAAUUAACAAAAGCACACAUCCGAAGAUGGGCAGACAGAUGACUCAGGUUUCAAUGGCAGCCGAGGCAGGAGAAAACCAGACAAGCUUGAACAAAUAUGCUUGUUCAUGUGCUAUUGUUGCUUCCUUCAUAUCCAUCAUUUUUGGUUAUGAUACUGGAGUUAUGAGCGGAGCCAUGAUUUUCAUAAAGGAGGAUCUCAAAAUCAGUGACGUCCAACUGGAAGUCCUAGCCGGAAUUCUGAAUUUUUGCGGCCUGGUUGGUUCGCUGCUGGCGGGAAGAACGUCUGAUUAUAUUGGACGUCGGUACACAAUUGUGUUAGCCUCCAUAAUUUUCCUUCUGGGUGCAAUCUUAAUGGGUUAUGCCCCAAACUAUGCCAUCCUGAUGACCGGAAGAUGCACUGCUGGAGUUGGCGUGGGCUUUGCCCUAAUGAUUGCUCCGGUUUACUCAGCAGAGAUUUCAUCUCCUUCCUCGCGAGGGUUAUUGUCUUCUCUACCGGAGCUUUGCAUUAGUUUUGGCAUCUUACUUGGUUACGUAUCCAAUUAUUUCUUUGGAAAACUGACUCUGAGACUUGGCUGGAGGAUGAUGCUUGGCGUUGCAGCAAUCCCUUCAUUUGCCUUAGCUUUUGGCGUACUGAAAAUGCCAGAGUCUCCCAGAUGGUUAGUACUACAAGGUCGUUUAAGUGACGCCAGGAAAAUCCUGUCGCUGGUUUCCAACACCGAAGAAGAAGCUGAAUCUCGGUUUCGUGACAUUAAAGUUGCAGCUGGGAUAGAUGCAAAUUGCAUCCAGGAUGUUGUCAAGCCUCCUAGUAACAGCCGCGGCCAAGGCGUGUGGAAGGAACUUUUGCUGCCUACACCCACCGUUCGUUGGAUCCUGAUUGCCGCCAUCGGAAUCCAUUUCUUCGAGCAUGCAACCGGCAUCGAAGCUGUCAUUUUGUACAGUCCAAGAAUUUUCAAGAAAGCCGGAGUCGACGGCAAGGACAAGCUUUUGCUCGCCACAGUUGGGGUAGGGCUUACUAAGACAACGUUCAUCUUAGUAGCCACAUUUUUACUAGACAAAGUUGGGAGACGACGCCUUUUAUUGAUAAGCACCGGAGGAAUGGUUGUAGCCUUGACAGCGUUAGGAUUCGGCUUGACCAUGGUAGAGCGAACUGGGGAAAAGCUUUUAUGGGCACUAAGCCUUUGCAUUGCAUCUACAUAUAUUUUUGUAGCUUUCUUCUCAAUUGGACUUGCGCCCGUCACCUGGGUUUACAGUGCUGAGAUAUUUCCUCUGAAGUUAAGGGCACAAGGAGUCGGUAUCGGUGUGGCUGUCAACAGGGUCAUGAAUGCGACGGUCUCCAUGAGCUUUAUCUCAAUCUAUAAAGCAAUUACCAUCGGAGGUAGCUUCUUUAUGUUUGCAGGAAUAGCUGUGGUGGCCUGGUGGUUUUUCUUCUUCCUAUUGCCAGAGACCAAAGGAAGGUCCUUGGAAGAGAUAGAGACACUCUUCACCAGGAAGACGAAGCCUAAAAAAGAAGGCUUGGAAAUUCAGCCGAGAAGCAAUGCUGAAGCAUAGAACUGGCGUUCUUCGAAACGCCAUCUUCUACAUAUAUAACCCAAUGUAAAAUAACAGUGUUUCUAUGCACAAUCAAGUUGGAUUAGAUCGUGAGAAAAGUCGAUUAAUGAUACCCCAACUUGUUACUUUCCAAUUUCCAUCUCAUUUUGGAAAAAGGAUGCACAUAGAUUUGCACUGUUACAGUUCAGUACCCCCCCACCCCCAAUUGUAAAUGUUAGCAUUAUCAUUUCAGUUUUUUUGGUUUACUUUUCCUUGAGACUUGAGUGGCAUCCUUAAUCAAUUUUUCCUUUUUAUUGGA